GCGACGAUGGAUGAAAUGCUUUACAACCACAUCAACUGGUUCUGAGAAUCCAGGAAUUCUCACACCAUUGGGGUCAGUGCAUGGCUGUAUUUACGCAUCGUUUGGCACGUCCGGAGAAUUUGCUGAACCCAGCGAAGCGUCAAUUGCUAUACAUCCUCGCUCGCCUCUGCUGCAGUCACCGGACCACGCUG